CCUGGGAUGUGUUCUGUGCAUUCUCAACAUGCACAAGAAGGUGGAGAAUUAAGCCUUCGCUGAUCAGCCGAGCAGAGACUGGACACCAAGGAGUGCCUACGGACAAAACCAUUUGGAUUCAACGCAGGACUUUUCAUCAGGACGCUGGCCAUGUCUGAAAGCAUUGUGAGGAAGAUUCAGCCCUUCACUAUAGGGACGAGGCUGUCGGCCCCGGCGGUGCCAAAAUGCCAGGAGUUUACCCCGAGUUAUCUCCAGGGCCAGGCUCUAGAUAACUGCACGCUUCAGCACAACCUCAACUCCCUCUACCUUCGUCGCUCGCAGCUUCGAGCACAUGGCUCCCGCCUGGCCUCACCCAUCAUCCAGCAAAUUCCAGCGGCGAAGCACAGCCAGGAGGACAUGGCAGCGGACGACCAGCUGAACCAGAACGUGGCCGUGUCCAGAUCAAUUAAGAAGAUCACUAUCUCUGGCAGCAAGGUGCGAUCACAGGGACCGGCGCAGCUGUCAGUCGGGACGCUCUCAUCGGAGAAUAAAAAUAACAACAACAACGUCAGCACAACGUCCGAGCCGCAUCUGCCCCGGAUUGUGGGAGUAAACUGCGAAAAUACUCCCAAUUCACAAUUCAAGGUGUUGCUGAAAACUGACACCAGGGAUUUUAACCACGCUCUACAGGGCCACUCGAGUGUGAAACUAAAUGGGGACAAAUCUGUGCCGAAGAUUUCGCCGUCUGAGUCAAGCGAGAAAGAGACAUGUCGGAAAGAAAGUCGUCCGCUGGCAGUGAAUGGGGAGUCGACAGCUGACUGCUUCACCCAGCGCCACUCUCUGUUCAGCCAAGAGGUCCUGCAGGCGGAGUCUUGGAUCAAGAGUAAACUGCAAGACUUGAAAGACGGCUGUAAACUCCAGAGGUGCCCCCUGCAGGACCUAGAGGAAGCCUCACAAACCCUUCAGAGGGAACUCAAAGACUUUGAGAACACGCUCAUCCAGCUCAACCAGAUGGGCGAUCAACUGAUCUGCAAGCUGAACCCGUCCGCCGACACGGUGAAGAAGCAGCUCGGUCACCUCAGAGAUCAAUGGCAUGUUCUGAAACAGACGGCUGCCGGCCAGACUCGGGCCCUGGGCGGAGCCAAAAACAUACAUGAGUUUCACAAAAAGGUGGACAAGCUGGAAGCGUGGAUUAAAGAGAAGGAAGAAGAACAGUCACUGGUCGACGUCCUGGAGGCGAAUGACAAAGUGCAACUCACAAGAAGAAUUCUGGAUCUCAAGGAGGACGAGCAGCUUUACCGAAACCUCCACGAAGAGAUCAACCACUUGGCGCUCAAGCUGGAGAAACAGGGGAAGACGGACGGCAAGAACAUUUGCAGCCGUAGGAAAAACAUCAAUAAAAUGUAUACAGUGUCCCUUACAAUGACCUGGUGGCUGAAGGUCCAGUCGUAUUUGAAAAACUGCCAUGAGAAUCUUCAGCUUGCUCUAGAGGUGUCGUCCUUCUACCAGCAGGCGGACAAUGUGCUGCUUGCGAUCGAUAAUAUGAGGAAAAGCAUGUCAGCCUCUAAAGAGCUGGACCUCUUUGGAGAGAGGGACAUCCGUGACAUCGCCAGUCAAAUCAUGAUGUUGGACGUGAGCGUAUCCCAGUUGUCAAAUCUCCACCCAGCGCUCACUGCGGGCGUCAUUCAGAAGCAGAGCGAAGUGAAAGAGUGCUGGACACUUCUUCAGAAGAUCUUCAGGAGUGACAGGACCGCGCUCUCUCACACUGGGCCCAUGUUCACCAGGGAAGACGCUGACCCUCUGACAUCAGCCUCAGACUCCCAAAACAACAUGGGAGACGGGGUGCAAAGGAUCAUGGGAAAGGAGGUUAAAGAAGGAAAGAAUCGUCUUAAAGGCUGCGUGACUACCCUCGACUGGGGGAGUGGAAGCCCGCCGCAGCAAUCUGGGAGCCACACCUCCUCACCCAUGGGAGACGGCCCGGCCUGUGGAAAUGAUGUCAGACACCAAUUGAAGGGGGGAAGGAAGUUAAGUGUUCAGCCCAAGCUUGCCGCUGCCCCGCGAGGCCACACACAGCUCCACAUCCAGCUCCAGAAGUUCACCGUCUCAGCCGACAAGACUCUGUCUUGGCUGAAGGACAACGUGUUGUUGGCCACACAGGUGAGCUCCAUAGCCACUUAUGAGGGACUGGACGCAGCCAAGAAGUACCAGGAAGCUCUGGAGCAGGAAAUCCUCAGCAACCGAGACAGAAUAGAGGUGGUCAAAAGGGAGGGCCAUGGACUGGUCCGUGCUCAGCACCCGGGCAGCGCCAAGAUCCAAGAGUUCCUCAGCCAGCUGGAGAACUUGUGGGAAGAGCUGCGGAGGAGACACCAGAGGAAUGCUGUGUUCCUGCAAGCCUCCAAAGAGCUGGGUUUUCGGGUUGUCAAAGUGCUUCAGGCGCUGGGAAGCCUGGAGGCCUGGCUGGAGUCUGUGGAGCUUUCCAUGAAGGAGUCCUCGCUGGCGGCUGACGCCGAAACGAUGACCGAGGCUGAGAGGGAGAGCUGCCUGUUGGAGAAGGAGGUGGCUGCCAGAAGGCUGGAGCUCAGCGCUCUCAGACAGGAGGUCGACCUCCUCCAGGGUCACAGUCACCCACUCACCCGGGCCCUGCCUGCACGGAUGGAAGAGGUGGAGAGAAAGUACCAGAGUGUUCUCAGUGCUUUGACCCAGCAGAGCUCGGAGCUCCAGGACACUCGCAUGCUGACAGAGUUUUUGGAGCGUGUGGAGCUGGAGGAGAGCAUGGAGUUCAGCCGCUUCAGCCUAGAUCAGCCUCUCCACGGUGAGAUUUCCUCUCCCCCGGCUUUGCUGGAACUCCAAAGCUCCGGUGAUGGGGAGCCUCUGAUCGAGCCCAUCGGCGACCCGGUGGAGGAGCUCCGCGAGGCGGUGGAGAUGCUGAACGACACCGUGAGGGAGAGGGGUCGCUCGCAAUCCCACGACCAGGCAGUUCAGGAGCUGCUCAGCAAGCAUUCCAGGCUGGCGGUGUGUGUGGAGGAGUGUCUGUGCUGCAGCAAAGAGCUCUGUCUGGACAUUCUGGAGCAGGAGACAGAUAUGGCCAUCCAGUGUGAGCCAGACCGCUGCGGCUUGGAGGCGCUGGAGGAGAAGCAGGGCCACCUGGAGGCUGAAUAUGAAGUCAUCAGGGAGGAGGUCGGAGAUAUGGAGAGCCAGGUGUCCAUCUUGAAUGAGCUGUGUCCAGAGAGAGUGAGCGUCCUCCGAGCCAAGAUCCAGGCGACGCUGCAGGCUUGGCGGGAGCUGGAGACGAGCGUGGCGGAGAACAGGUCACGUCUGCAGGAGUUUGUGCAGCUUCAAGACUUCUUCAGGAGCUACCUCGCCAUGAUCUCGUGGACAGAAGACACCAGGUCGUGCAUUUUCUCAAACACCGCCUUAAACCUCGGGAGGGACGGACAGAGUCCUCUGGCUUCCGAGUUGGAUCGACAGAUCGAGCAGAAGUUUGAUGAAUUUGACAAACUGGAAUCCAGAGGAAAAGACAUUUUAGAUGAAGGCCACCACCUUUCUCAGAUGGUCAAGGAGCGCAUGGAGGAACUGCAGAGCAUGCUGGGCUGGAUUUUGGUGCACUGGAGGGCUCAGAAACAACAGCAGCAUCGCAAGAGUCAGGAAGAGGCGUCACAAGAUAACAUCUACUGUGAGGCGGCCACGUUACCAGAGAAUCCACCUCAUUUUUGGACAAACCAGUCUUUUCCAGCGGCUCAGUCUGAAGAGAACUACCCAAAUGGAAGCCGGUCCCCAACUCAGCAGGAGGACCAGAAACCAGCAGAGGAUGGAUACGAGGUCAUGAAGAGCAUCAACCCCCAGGACUGUAAACCCCCUCCGAAGGAGUCCCCCAAGCCAUCUAUAAUGGUCUUCAAAGACCCUGGCAGCCCAUCUCUCGGAGGCACCGUGAACCUUAUUCUAAGUUUUGGCAACACUGGAGAAAGCGAGGUGCAGGUGCUCGACCCGCCUGGUCGGAUGGAUGAGGACACGGAGGAGAUCUUCGAGCCAAUCCACAGGGUCAGUACCUACUUACAUGUCAAGGACAGCAACUUGACAGCCGCCCCGGUGUACGAGAGCAUCACCCUGCCGCCCCAAAAGAGAGCCUCCGCCUCCCCGAUCGCUCGCUCCCCGUCGGCCCCCUCGCCUCCCUGCCCUGCGUCUUCCCUCUCAGCUGCCAACGUGUCCUUCCAUCUUCUCACGGGCAGCGGCAGCAGCUCCAUCUUGAGCAGCCUCAAGACGAAGAGCAAGAAGCGGAAGCGGAAGAGAGACGCCCGCAGACACACCAUUCAGAAGAUCAUGGGGGUGGAGGAGGAAACGGAGGAGCCUCUGUACUCCAGCGAGACCUAUGACACGCACACGUGGCCUCUGAAGGAAGCUCGGCGGAGAAAGAGCUCUCAAAAAGGCAGUGACGCCACGGCCAUGGCGUAUGUAAAGAACCCGCUGCUGCAGGACAUCGACACCGAAUGUUCAGAAGACACCAUCACUCCAUAUGCGAUUUCAGAGGGACCGAAUAUCUUACCCUCAACCAGUCAGGCAAGGGGCCACUGCAGGUUCCUCUCUUUGGGCUCUGUUCUGAGCUUCGACCUCCCCAAAGACAUGACGCUCAUUCCCAGCAUUCAGGACAUCAUUACAAUAGCGCCCCCAGAGUCCAAGAAGGCUGUGGGAACCGAUCCAGACCCUCACUCUCAGAGACCCUCCUCGCUGAGCUCUUUCAAGCAGAUCAGAGCGAGCAAAAACAGUGCAGCAGAUGUUUCAGAAACCAUUAAAACCUCCCCAGAAGACGAGCCACCCGGGUCAUCUGUUAGCAGGGACGUGGGUCAGGCUCUGUCACGCACCCAGGCGAACGCAGACGGCACUUCUACAGGUGUAAAGAAGAGUGGUCAAGUGACUGAGCUGCCUAUUUACAUCAACCAACCCAACCGGCCUGCAACAGCGGCGCACAAGCACGAGUGUAUCAGCGUCCACACACGCAUCCGGGACCUGAACGGGCACAAGUACCACAGAUGCGCGAGGCCGACAAGUGUUCACGGAGAAAGUUCUGCUCCUUGCCUCAGCCAAGCCUCUCACAUGGUCGUGAGCUUGAAAUCUUCGGUCAGUGCCCGACAGGACUCGGUGGACUCCGGCAUCUCCACCUCCAGCAGCGUGAAGUUCAGCACAGAACCCCCGUGUACGGAGAAUCCCCAGCCAAUAGGAGUGGUGGGGCAGGUCAUGUCACUCGAGGUGGAACAUCUCGCACCAGACAGCGCAUGCGUGAGGUCAUCGGAAGGCAAAGAAGAGCUGAAGACAGAAGCAGUUCACCUGGACCACCAACAGUUUGAAGAGGAAGAAGAAGAACUGGAGGAUAUAUGGAGUCGAAACUCUCAACAGAGGCAGAGCAUCUGUUCGGACAUCAUGUAUCAGCCCAAUCCAGCAGAGUCCAAUGAGACGUCUUCUGAAGCUCCUGCUGUGCUCUAUCGGAAGCUGGCCACUGCCUCCGCACCCAAUCUCCUCGUGGCCGAAUUCAGACUCCCAGCCCACAUCCAGACCAUGCUGGGUUACGACAAAGACCAGAGCCCCAAAGGUGGUCCCCCCCUCACCAUAGGAGACAGGAGAUCCUGGGCAGCCUUUUCUAAAAGAGAGCAGCCAUGCAAGACCUCGGUGGUUCUGAAUGAGACGGCGUCUGUUCCUCUGAAGCUACCUGAGUCUGGGGACAACCGGAGAUAUAUUUAUCAGUACAAGGAGGAAGAGGAAGACGUGGAGGAGUCACAAGUGGAUGAGAAAAAGGCAAAUCAUCAAACGGACGCUAGUCUGCUGUCAGUCCAAUUGAGUUGUGGUGGUCAUGAAGGAAAAGAUGGAUUCGACCAGGAGCAAAGGAACACAGAGGAACCUUCGGCGGCCUCUGGAGGCAGAACAACUCCGAGUGGAAAGUCUGAGCUGCAGUCAAUGGAAGGAACAUUGGAGAGGAAGCAGAAGCUGCAGCUGGGAGGAAAGAAAGCCUCCUCCAGAGGAUGGAGCUCGUGCCACGCUGUGCUUUACAGACACACCUUGUGCUUCUAUCAGGAUCGAAAGGACACGCUGAGGAGUUCAGCAUGUGGCCUGCCUCUGAACCUCACCGGAGCCGACUGCAGUCCAGCACCAGAGUACACUAAGAAGCCCAACUGCUUCCGUUUAAGGCUGCGUGACGGGUCUGAGUAUCUACUCAACGCCUCUUCACGGUUCAUGAUGAAGAAGUGGAUGAUGAAAAUCCAGGGAAACACAGGUCAGACUGAUUCCAGCUCCUCUAGCGUUUCCGCUGACCAAACCUUCCCGGUCUCCUUAAAUCCUCCUCUCUGCUCGGGAUGUCACGGUCUGGCCAGCUGCUUCUGCUCCUCCCGGCGUGAUGUCGUGUCCACGUUCCCCAGGCGAAAGCCGCUGGGCCACAGUCAAGCCAACGAGAUAGUUGUCCUCUCCAGAGAGUUGGGUCAGAUGCCACAGAGCCGCUUAAGAAGUUUGCACGAGCACUCGACAGGCUCCUGUGAUGAUUAUGGAAGAUUGAAGCACACUGUGACUCACAGACUCUCAGCAGAAUCCUGCCACAAACCCAGCUCUCCAUCCUCCCCCGUCUCCCCCAGUCAAGACCUGCUCAGCAGCAAACGCCGCUCCCACUCUUUCACUUCAGCCACUUAUCAGAAGAUAAAACCGGUACUACAACCGUCCGGAGCUGCAGGCUCCAACUACUGCGUCACACUCUUGGUGGGAGACAAGACGUCAGAGAGAAGCGACUCGGACGUGCCGCUGGUGGCCGAGGCCGGGUGGCGGCAGGGCACCUGUCUGGACACCUGCACCAGCCUGCCGCGGCCUCGCAACAAGUCCGUCUUCAGGAAAAUCUUUGGGAAAAGAGACAUUUGAAGAAAAGGCUUUCAACAUGCAGCGCAGGGUUAAAUACUACUGAGGGAGCAGAGGAGUCUUCAUGUUGAGUGUUGUGUGUGUAUAUUGUUUUUUUUGUGUGUGUGUGUGUGUCGAUUUGCAUCAACACAAGAAUAUCUUCAUUUCUACCAGCUUGGUUAUGCAGUUUAACCAUCUUGUUUGUUUUUUUAAACCUUCAUACAAAUGCACUAGUUCUUGGUCGCUUGUUUGUUCCGUUUGACCUGAUUAUUUACUGCAGCAUUUCUAAUAAAAGACGUGCGAGCCAAAGCCUUUUUUGUAGUUUCUGAAUAAUUCUCUGUGAAGAACAAAGGGAAUGGAGCAUUUUCAGAUCUUCAGUGAAGAACUUUUCAUAACUUAUUUGCCCCUUAAUCGUCUUGUAUGAUUCAUAAGCGAUAAGAUAUCUUAUGGUUGAGACUUUAAAACUGCGACUACUAGCGGCGACCCUAGGAACUGCUCU